CGAGCAGGGGAAGAGGCGGCUGAGGUCGGCCGGCGCCUCGGGGCUCCGCGGGGCCGGAGACAGGCCUCCCCGGCCCCAGCCGCAGCAAGAGCAGCCUCCAGCAGCCACUUCGUGCAGUAAAAGUAACCCUGAGGGUGAGACGUGGGCGGCGCGGCCCCCCGAGGCCUCGGCGCCGCAGACUCGCUGCCCAGCUUCUAGCAGGAAAACCCCAGAAAGGUAUGAAACACCAAAGAGAGUGCUGCGGAUGGAUUUAUCAUCAUCUACCUUCAGUUCUCCUAAUGAUCCAGAUGGACAGAAUGAUAUCUUUUGGGAUCAGAAUUCUCCGAUGACAAAACAGCUAGGUAAAGGAAGGAAAAAGAAGAUUUAUACCACAGACAGUGAUGAGAUCUCACAUAUUGUUAAUCGGAUUGCACCUCAGGAUGAGAAACCAAUGACAGACUCCAUGCUGGGCGUGUGGAUUGGUGAAACUGCUAUUCCAUGUACUCCUAGUGUAGCAAAAGGAAAAUCAAGGGCAAAACUCAGCGGUACAAAGUUAAAAACUCAAAAUCAGGAGGAGGAACUUAUGAAAUUGGCUAAACAAUUUGAUAAAAAUAUGGAAGAGCUGGAUGUGAUUCAGGACCAAAACAAGAGAGAUCAUGAUCUUAUCCAGACGAUUUCAGAAGCAGAGACUUUAGAUAAUUACAGAGAUAAUGUACAAACGCAGUUACUGCAUGAUAUCGUUCCCGGAAUAGAUAAUGCUGUGUUAAAGAAGCCAGGGAAAGAAAACACCAAGAUAACCGUGGUAAAUGGGCAAAAGAGCAGUCAGAAGCCAUUUGACCAAAAUGCUGAAGCAGCCUUUAUUGCCAUUUUUGAUGGUUCUACUCAGAAAUGUAGUGGACAGUUAAGCCAAGAGCUGUCAGAUGCUUUUUCAAACACCGGUAAUACUACAUUUGGAAAGAAAAGUGCUUUGAAAGAGGAGAAGAUCAUUACCAAUGAAACUCUGGUCACUGAAAAACUACCAGGGUCACUUUCUUAUCAGGUAGAUGCUCCUGGAAUGACAAAAUCAUAUGUGACUUCCUGUACGAAGGAACCAAGAGCUUUCAAUAAGCACAUUGAUGCAGUUACUGCCACUGAUUUUGAGGAUGACUGGGAAAACUUACUAAAUAAUGAACCUUUUGUUACGCAAAAUGUCAAAAUGUCUGAGCAUUUCUCUGCUCCUCCAAAAGCCCAGAUUACUGAUCAAAAGGAAAUGUGUACCUUUAAUAGUAAACAUGAUGAAAGUAAGUCAGGAAUGAAUACAAGUCUAGAUACCAGGUUAAAAGAUUCAAAAUUUUUACAUGAUCUCCCUUCAAAGGCACCUAACAGUGAAUUAAUGGGUGCAAAGUACAGACUUUCGCCAAAGUCAAAUGAUAAAUCAGAUAAAUUAUCUGCUGGAAAUAAAAUGAAAUUUCAGAAAUCUUUUAAUACAAGUGUUCAGGACAAACUUCAAGACCAUGCAGUUGCAUCUAAUCUGACAAAAGUAAAGGAAGAUACUCAUAGUAAGUUUACUUCUAAUGUAAAUACUUCUGGAAAAAAGUCUACUUUGAACACAAGACAUUCUAGUGAACAAAAAAAUAAGUCCAUUUUUAAACAAUCUUUUAAAGCACCUACAAAUGUAGAGCCUUUAGGCCCUGCAGCUUGGGGCAAUAAGACCAGUGUUUGUAACGCAAAUCAAGCUAAUGCAUCCAAGUUAAGUUCUUUCUUUGAUGAUUGGAAUGAUCCAUCAUUUGCCAACGAAAUUGUUAAUGCAUGUCAUCAAUUAGAGAAUGCCUGGGAGGCAGAUGAUGUAGACGACGAUUUACUGUACCAAGCAUGUGAUGAUAUUGAAAGACUAACUCAGCAACAAGACACGAAAGCGGACAGCAAGACAUCAGAAGGUGUGCUUGAGAUCAAUAAUGGUUCUAAACAUGGAGCCAAAAACGUGUUUACUACACCUAAACAAGGGACUCAUUUGCUGCAAUCAAAGCCUUUGAAUCUGAACAACAUUUCAGCACAUUCAUCUUCAUUGACAAAUAGCUCACAAAUAAGUAAAUCGAUGAAGACGGAGAAAAGGGAGGUUUGUGGAAAUUCUCCAGGCUUUUUAGGUGCUACGACAAAUUUGACUCUCUACUCUAAGAACUCAGAUUGUCAGGUCAAUAAUCGGUGUCUCUCUUGGAAUAACAGUGAUGUUCCAGUACAAGUGAAUAGUUCCAAAUCGGUUCUCUCAGGAAGUUCAGGUUCGAAUGUGAGUUCAGAUCAUAUGAAUACAGAAAUUGGUUCUUACAGGAAGAAGCUGAGUGGUGCACAUCCGUCCCACAAGACCAUGGCUAGUGAAGGGGCUUGGUUUGACCUUAACAGGGCAGCUAGAUUGUCUAAGUACACAUUUACGAAGAUGAAAAGUUUGCCAUUUCUUUCCCAGUUUAAUAACGAAUGUAUAACAGGAAGUGUUUCUGAUACCAGAAUUACACAGGAUUUGGAGAAAAAUAGAACUGUCAACCCAUUAUGUGGGAAGGCUGUUCAACAGCAGCCUUUGGUGAAAUCCUCUGAAUCUUUGGAACAACCUUCAAAAGAGGAAGAAGAGAAAAAUAGAAAGUAUUCUCCUGAAGAAAUUCAGAGAAAAAGACAAGAAGCACUGUUUCGAAGAAAGGCCAAAAGCACAGGCGGCGACUGUAAAGGCAGCUCCCACUUAACCUGAUUGUUUAAUGAAGCGUUAGUGGGGAGACAACAAGGACAGUCGAUAGCUAUCUAUGAUAGGAAGCAUUUGUUCUUGGUUUCUCUGUGAGAAAUUUAAUGCUGAGUUAUAAAGCGUGGAAUUCUACUUUAUUUAAUAAAUCAGUGUUUGCAAUGACCAGUGAAACCUUUCCUUGGAGAUGUAUGUGAAAGUAAUUGCGUGUAAGUUUUGGAAAUUCAGGGAAGUUAACAAUUUUGUAGUAGAAAUAUACAGAGGGAAGUAGUUUCAUUUUUUAAAUAUCGUGACUGCGGAGGACCAUCAAAAAUAAUCUACUUAAAUUUUUACUUUAGUAAGUCUUUUCCUAACACUAGACUAUUUUUUUUUUUACAGGUUUACUUUCAAUAACUGUGCCUUAAGGUUUUUAUACAUUUCUGAAUCCUAAUACUUCCAUAUUGUUAGGAACAUGGUAGGAAAUAAAGGACUUCAGUUUAUUUGUAAGGACAUUAUUAUUUUCAAUUCCUAGUCCAUAAUAGAUGUGAAUUUUAAAUUCUAAAAUGUAAUGCAUUUUGGAAACUUCCCUCCGUUUUUAGGAAAAAUGCUGAUUUAAGAAGUUGAGUUUAGAAAAAAGAUUGGAUUGGCUGUGUAAGUAGUAUAGCAUCAUGCAUGUUUAGAACUGUCAGAAACUCGUUAUCAUCUGGUCCAGCCUCUUUGUUGUCUAGGUAAGAAAUGAAUAGCAUUGUUCUGAAAGUCAUGAGGCGAGUUAAAGCUGUGCUGCGAUUGGAAUGAUUUCUUUCAUUCCAGUGGAUUCCUAGGCUAUUGUACCAUUUGCUUCAAAGUACAUGAAAUACCAUGUCUGUGGGAGCAUUAAUUACUUUAUGGUAUAAAACUUAAAUAAAAGCACAUUAAGGACUGUUCAGUAA